CCAGAGGUCCGAAAAGAGGGCUCACUCUCUCUCCACCUGCUCUGUUCCAGUCACGGUGUCAGAAGGCAGCAAAAAUGAAAAGCAUUUACUUUGUGGCCGGAUUGUUUGUUAUGCUGGUACAAGGUAGCUGGCAACGUUCCCUUCAAGACACAGAGGAGAAAUCCAGAUCAUUCCCAGCUCCUCAGACAGACCCGCUCAAUGAUCCAGAUCAGAUGAAUGAAGACAAGCGCCAUUCUCAGGGCACAUUCACCAGUGACUACAGCAAGUAUCUGGACUCCAGGCGUGCUCAGGAUUUCGUGCAGUGGUUGAUGAGCACCAAGAGGAACAAGAAUAACAUUGCCAAACGUCAUGAUGAAUUUGAGAGACAUGCUGAAGGGACCUUUACCAGUGAUGUAAGUUCUUAUUUGGAAGGCCAAGCUGCCAAGGAAUUCAUUGCUUGGCUGGUGAAAGGCCGGGGAAGGCGAGAUUUCCCGGAAGAAGUCGCCAUUGUUGAAGAAUUACGCCGCCGACACGCCGACGGCUCUUUUUCUGAUGAGAUGAACACAGUUCUUGAUGAUCUUGCCACCCGGGACUUUAUAAACUGGCUGCUUCAGACCAAAAUUACGGAGAGGAAGUAAGUAUGUCACUCUUCAACAUCAUCUUCACGUCACCUGCCAGCCACGUGGGGUAUUUG